AUGGCAGGCGAGGCGGCAGAGAAGGCUGCGUUCCUGCUGGGAAAUGAGAGCAAACUGCUGAGACGUCAGAAUCAUGAGCUGAAAACAGCGCUAAAGCAGCAGGGAGGACGGGGAGCGAGCAGGAGGGACGUGUACGAGGAAACAGUCAUGUUCAUGGACAGGUUCCUGACGGUAGGAGAGCUAGUAGAAGAGAGUGAAGCACUGCACGAGAGGAUGAGGGAGUGCGAAGAGAGAGAGGAGAGGAGAGAGCGGGAGCUGGCGCAGGCAAGAUAUGGGGCGAAGCAGGUGGAUGGGAUAGUAGAAAAGGUUCAGCUGCGAGUUGACGAGGUUGAGAAGACGAUGAAGAGGCUGCAGACUGAGACGACAAGACAGAAAUCCAAGUCUCAAAAUCACCACUUGGAUGAAUCGACAACGGUGCCGUAUCACGAGCAAAGAUGGCUGAUAGAACGAAGUGCUUUCGAAGACAAGAUUGAAGAAUUGGAAAAGACUGUUACGGGCAUGUUUGCUGAGAUCCAAGCAAAGAGCUACAAAGUCGACAAACUGACAAAAGAGAUUGAAUCAAUGAAGAAAGAUGCGACCAGAAGAGAAGAAUAUUGCCAGGAGUUAUCCAAGAAGUUUAUGUCACAGGAAAUAACCAAGAACGAGCAGCAAAAAUCAACUGCCGAUCUUGCAUUGCGCUAUCAAGAGCUGCUCGAGGAGCAUUCAUGGGUCAAGAAACUGCAUGCGGUUGCCGAGGAUCAGAUAGUUCGCCUCCACGAAGAGCUUCAUGAUGCAAAUAUGACGAUGAAGGAGCGAGAAGCAAACAAGAUAGAGAUUAUGUCAAAGACAAAUAGAAUGAUUGUCGACGUCGAAGAAGCGAAGAUAAUGCAAGAACAAUUGCUACAAACAAAGCAGCAAUUGAACAAUGAGAUGGGGUUGAAACAGAUGCAAGUUGAGGAGACAAGAAAAACGUUGAUCAGAUACAACGAGCUGAACAUGGAAAUGAAGAUGACACAGAAUGAUAUUGACAUGAUGGAUAGGCUCAAAUUGAACAUCUGA